CAUGACGCGCUAACGACUGCUCGCGCCGCGCCUCAGGCGCGACACCUCGGCCUCGUGCAGCGCCAGGAACGCCUCCGUCCGCUCAGAAGCCUCGUCCCACCGCGGAGAUGCGACGGCGCAACAAGCCCGGCUGCCGGGGCCUAAAGGCCCUGGCUGCUUUGCUUAGUGCAGCAGCCAUCAUACUUUUAGCGCUGCGCCAGCGCUCGACGACGCCGCCGCCGAGGGCGCUCGUCAAGUCCGAGAGCAAAGCCUCGGAAGCGCUGCGGGCGGUACGGGCCGCGGACGCGCGCACGCGCGACGCCGAGGCGCGCGCCGCGGACGCCGACCACGUGGCCCAGGAGGCCAAGGGCGACGCCGAACGGCGCGAAGAGCUGAACCAGGCGCUGCAAGCGCGAGCGCAGGCCGCCGACGCCGCCGCGAGCGCGGCGGAAGCUCGGGAGCAGGCGAGCAAUGCGCGCGCCGCGGCGGCCGAGCGCCGGGCGGCGCAAGCGGAGGCGGCGCUCAAAGCUCGGGAGCAGGCGAGCAAUGCGCGCGCCGCGGCGGCCGAGCGCCGGGCGGCGCAAGCGGAGGCGGCGCUCGGAGCCGCGAAGCCGGUCGCCGCGGCGGGCGCGCCAGUCUACGCUCCGGGCCAGCGCCCCUCGUGGAUGACGCAGGUCGACUGCUCGGCCUACGACUACUCCUGCGCGUCGUCGCGCAUGCGCGGCGCCUACGAGGCCUACCCGCUGCACCGGCCGCCGAGCGAGAUCUCGGACACGCUGCCGUUGGACGCGGACGGCGGCGCCGCGUUCCGCAAGCGCAUUCUCGCGCGGCUCGUCGCGCCGGCCGCGCCGGCCGCGGCGCCGUCGCGACGGUGGUGGCUCGCGGCGACGGCCUCCGACGAGGGCGCCGUACAAGUCUCCAAGGACCCCGAAACGACGCGGCGAGCGCUGGAGGCGUCGCGAUUGACGUCGCUCGACGACCGCCUGCAGGCCGCCGUUUCCUCGGAAGGCGCCGUGCCCGGCUCCACGGUCCUCCCCGCACCGCUCAGCAAGCGCCUGGCCUGGACGAUGAUGGACAAAAAGUACGCGCACGACAUGCUCUUCGACGUCGCGCACAUGGCGCGGCACGUCGCCGGCUUCGAGAAGCUCGUCGUGGUCGCGCUGGACGAGCCGACGACGCGCGCCUGCGCCGCGGGCAGCAUCAGCGCGGCGUCCGCCGGCGCGUCACAAACCAGUGGAAUUCAGGCGUCCGGCAAGAUGAAGGGCGUGUCGAAUGCAUUGGUUGAGGUCGUGCAGGGGGCCAAGUUCAAGGCCUCGCUCUGGUUCGUGCAGAAAGGUUACGACUUUGUGUUCUUCGAGGCCGACGUGUGGUUCACGAAAAGAGUGGAUGUGCUCUGGAGCGCCGCGCACCGGGACGUCGUCACUUAUCAGGAGUCGCGCACGCUGCCGUUGGAGGAGGUGGACUUGUACGUCGCGGCGCACCAGAACAAUCCAACCUCCACAAACAUCGGCGUCUACGCCGCGCGCGCGACGGACGCGUCCCGCGAGUUCUUUUCGGGCUUGCUCGAGGAGAUGCGGCUGAAGCCCGGCAAGCACGACCAGUUGUUGUUUCACAAUUUGUUGACGUGGCACCGCAUGAAGCCGUCGCAGCCCGUCCCCGGGGACUGGGGCGACGCUCCGAAGGUACCGAGACCGACGAACCCGGCGGCCUGGGCGUUCAUCGACAACCACCAGGGCGUGGCCUCGACGCACCCGAUCAUCACGCAGGACACGGCCUUCGUCCACACCCUGGGCAACGUCCCGUUAGAUUCCCAGGAGGGCAAGAAGAUCCAGUCCAAGGAGCUCGGGGCCUGGCACGGGCUCGGGAGUCCCCCGGGGACGCCGUCCUACUACGGUGCUUCGGCGCACGACGGCCGCACGAAAUACCUCGCGCUGGACGGCUCUCCCUUAAACGGCAUCUCGCUGUGCGAGCGGGACGGCUACCACAAUGGUAGGAUAGCGAAGGCGCGCGUGGCCGUUUUAUUAGCGUUGGCCGCGCACACGGGCCGCGUGCUGCUGCUCCCGCGCGUCGUGGUCGACUACCACCAGUACUUUCUGUGGACGUUCCUCGACUUGAAAAGUGUCGGCUACGGCGUCGAGUGGCGAGAGACGAACUUCCCCUCGAACCCGCGGAGCUGGAAGAACGGCACGCACGCGUUCGGGUCAUCGGCGCGCGUGUCGCUCCAGAAGCACGCCGUGGGGACGAUGACCGCCGCGGGGCCGCGGUGGGCGGCACCGCCAAAAGGAGGCGCGUUGGCCGACCUCUUGGCCGCGGCCCUGAAGCCCCACGACGGCGCGGAGCUGUUGCUGGUCGACCUGGCCUUUGCGGAUGAAAGGUUUGUUUCGACUCUGGCGAACUGCGAGUCCGAGCAAGCAUGCGAGCGGCGUGGUAUUCCGUGGGAGCUCGUACAACUCUAUCGGAAACUGCGGUGGUGCGGGCAAUCGAUAGACCUCGAGCGGCUCGCGGCCAAGAGCUUCCAGGGGUGGGACUGCUUCGGCAAGGGGCGCGCGCCGCCGGCCGUGUGA